UGGAACUUUGUAUUUCUAAUAAUGGAGACUACUUUGAACAUUUAUUAAAUAAAAUUUAAAAAUAUAAUUGCUUCUUUAGUUUUUUAUUUAAUGUUGCCAUUACUUUUGGAACGCCCUUAGUAUAUACUAUAAAACGUGUAUCUACAUUCUUUUUCUCCAUUUGCUAUCUUAUUUUCUUCUUUCUACUUUUACCAGAUCCUUAAAUUGUUAUCACAAUAUGCAUAGCUCUUGUUUUGCUCUAUCGCCGAUAAUAAUGGAGCUUGUCUCUCUUUCGCUGGGUAGAGAUAGUAUAAAAUUGCUGAUUUCUUACUCUUUCAAAUGAAUAGCUUAUAUCAACACCUUCCAAGAACCUAUGUCGUAUUACUUUUAUAGGUCGUACGAAAUAUUUUGGUGCUAUUGAUCGUUUCUUUGCAGCUUGAGUUGAAUUGAGUCUUUAACAGUCAACAUGAAAUUAAUGGAUUGUAUAGUGGAUGGUUCACAUCUCGAGCAUGAUUUACUCAAUAAAAUGCCCCGUUUAUCAUCAUUUGAUCUAAUUGUUGAUUAUACUAGUCGUAACUCUAAACCAAUUAAUAUCAGAACAUUUCAAACCGAUACUUGGGAAAAAUUUAAUUCUAUAGUUUGUUUGCACGAUGCUAACACUGGUCUGAAUACAAUAUACACGUUACCAUCUAAAUCUAAUCAGGUUAAUAUUCUUUCAAAUGAAUAUGUUUCAUCAUGUAUAUCAAAUCGACCAGUUUCUCUUUGUUUUGAAUGUGUUCGUUCACUUGCACUAUCUGCUAAAACAACAUUAUUCACUACGGAAACAUUGGAGUUUGUUCAACAAGCUUUUCCGAACGUCAAAACGCUCGAAUUAGUGGAUAAUGGUGACAAUGUUAGUUUCUUAGAUCCUUGCAAAUUCCCAACAAGGUAUGCACCGGUAUCGGUAUACCGAAUACCGAAAAUACCGACACCGAAAAUACCGAUACCGAAAAUACCGAACUUCGGUAUAUACUGA